CCUCAAAGUCAGUCAAAAAUGGCCGUUCAUGUCGUUCGUUAUCGUUGUCAAUUGUCAAUGCGUUGAUCUAUUACUGUAACUUUAUAUAAAUAGUUGUAUUUUGUUAAAAAAUAGUAGUAUUAAGUUGUAAAUAGUAAAAAAUAGAAGUGAAAAAUGUCUUUUUCAUUCGGCACUCCAUCGAGUGCUCCUGCAACAACAGGACUCACGGGAGGCUUCAAUUUUGGCGCUAACAAGCCUGCGACUCCUGGGUUUGGUUUGACUGCAACGUCACAGUCGUCGGGUCUGUUUGGGAAUACGUCUUCGACUGAAACUCCGGCGUUUGGCAGUGCUGCACCUGCCUUUGGCGCUACAUCCACUGCUCCGGCGUUCGGGGCAACCACAACGCCAGCGUUUGGGGCGACUACAACCCCAGCAUUCGGAUCUACAGCGCCCCCAGCGUUUGGGUCGACCACCACGCCUGCAUUCGGGGCGGCCGCACCAGCAUUCGGUUCUACAACCCCAGCGUUUGGUGCUACAUCUGCGGCACCUGCCUUCGGUACCACUACUCCAGCAUUCGGCGCUACGUCUGCAGCACCUGCUUUUGGAGCCACAACUACAUCUGCAUUCGGAGCUAGUGCAGCCCCCACAUUUGGCACCACCACCCCAGCUUUUGGCAGCACCGGGUUAGGCACUGGUGGCCUCAAUUUUGGUGCCGGUUCCAACACUGCCACUACUAGCUCAGGUUUAUCAUUUGGCACCCCUGCAACAUCUGCUAGCACAGGUCUAGGAGGGCUUGGAAGCUUUGGUUUUGGCAGCACAACCUCAACACAAAGUGUUGGAUUUGGAUUCGGAUCAACAAGUACAGCUACAACUACAACUAGCCUAUUAGGGUCUAAAUUGGGCACGACUAGUGUGACUGGCACACAGCCAUCAAUAUCAGCAACACCAAGUUUCGGGCUUGGCGGUGUUGCCACUAGCAGUAGUGGCAUUGGUGCUGCCAAUACAACAACAGAUUCUAAAAGUGAACCCCCAAAGCAGAAUAAAUUGCCAAAUGAAAUCUCGACCACAGUGGAGUCGUUCAAAGAGUUUGUUAAGAAGCAGAAGUCACUUAGCUCUGAAGUUAUGAGGGUGUCUGUCAAACCAUUGCAUAAGGUGUCCCGCGAGGCGGAGUCCCUGGUGCGGUCGGCGCUGUCGCUGUCGGGCGAGGUGUCCCGCGCGCGCGCCCAGUCGCGCCGUCUGCGCUCCGCCGCCGCCGCCGCGCUCGCCGCCGCCGAGACCGCCGCCAGGGACUACACUGUACCCGGUUCGGAGCUAGAAGGCACGGCUCCACCAGCGUACGUAAAGGAUUUAAUAGCAGAAUUGGAACAACAGCUCAUCACAUUCCGCAGACAAAUGGAUGUGGCCGACAAACAAAUGCAGUCAUCUCCUAAACUGCUUACUGAGCAAGAGCUAACUAUGGGCAUAAGAAGAAUGCACGAGUCUCUAGUGGCCCUAGCUGGGCGGCUGCAAGCAGUGCAUACUCAAGUAGAAGCGCAGAAAGAACAAUAUCUUAACUUACGGAAGUACAUACUCAAGGACCCUACUAAUGUCUUCGAUGAGCCAUCACCAAGUACAAGUUUGGACCAGAUCCUGCGGGAUGCGGAGACUAACAGGAAGAAGAUGAAGUCUGGCGCGUUGCCUGACGUCACACAGGGCAGUGCAGUGCUCUCAGACCCCAGGGUCGCUCUAGGUAAUCUACAACAUUUGGCUGGUCCGACACCGUUUUCCUACGUCGGGAGUGCAAUGUCGCCAUUUCCUUCUGUCGAUGCCAGUGGUCCCUCAUGGCAGCCCCAAUCACAGCCGACUCUGAACACAUCACUAAACACCAGCUUCGGAGUCCCACAAGCAGACACUUCCACUGGCUUCCAGCUGCAGAAACCACCCGGCAAACGAGGCAAGCAAUGAUAUUGGCGCUAAGCACGAUGUUCCGUGCUUCACCACAGUGCUCAGUGAGCUCAUCUAGAUAUACUGUUUCAUAAUAAUUAUUGUAAUGUUUCGCCAAUACAGUAAAAUGGGGUGAAUAGAAUUCAAAGGAUGAAUAGAUACAGGAAUAGGGUGAAUAGAUGUAAGAACAUUCUGGGGUUGGUCUACUAAGAGGACCCGGUGCCUCCUUCAGUGCAGAUGGUGGCCACUGGGGAGGUUUUAGUGAGGUAAAAAUCCCACACUCCCUAGUUUUUUCCCCAAAAAGCUAGGCGCCUUUGAAGGUUUCCCCCGACAAUUAAAAAAAAAGCUGUUAGGACAUUUUGCCAACAUUUAUUCACCCUGUUCCUGUAUCUAUUCACCCCUCGAUUUCUUUUUACCCCGUUUUACGGCACACACAGUUUUGUUACUUCUUUGAAAUACUAAAAAAUGCGGACUCUUCGGGAGUAAAUUUAUGUUAAAAUAGAACAUAGUCGAAGCGAAAAAUCAGGCCUAUUUCAAAGUAGUACGAAUGUGUGCGGAUUCCAAAAAUGCACCCUUAAAUCUCUCAAGUAAUGUAUGUACAUUACGCUAUGGAGAUAAGGUUGAAUUUGCUAUGUUAAUAAUCUUAAUAAUUGUAUUUACGCGCUACCGAAACCGCUAACCGGUAGUCUUGUAGUAUGAGUUUGCUUUAAUUAAAGUAAUCGAAACGGGAGCACGUUCGGCGCUCUGAUUGGUUGGUUUAUUCGAGCUAGCCAAUCAGAGCGUUGAAUGCGCUCUCAUUUCGAUUAGUUUAAACGUAAAGCAAACUCAUACUAAGGGUACAGAUGCAUGAAUGUGAUGGAAGCUAAAAAAGUAUGUAAGGAUCACAUUAGGUGGUUUUGUAGUUUCUGUCCACAUUUACAAAGAUGUGUAUAUUUUAGGGCCUAUGCACACCACGUUUUUUACACGCGCCUUAGACCCGCGUUUUUCUCCUGCAGAGCAGUUUGUUGUCGUUUGUAUCGAUAAACACGCGCCGGUGCCGCGCGUGUGUAUCGCUACAAACGCGCGUCGACGGCGCGUUUAAAAAACGUGGUGUGCAUAGGUUCUUAGGUAGUGUAAAGUAACUUGUGCUGUAUCAGUGAUAGAAUGCUGUAAUGGCCUUGGGUUCGACGUGUAGGUCGGCUCGGAAAGUAAAAUAUCUACUUAAUGUUUUUUUUGUAGCUGGGUAAUCGGUUGUUGCGUUAUCUGUUAAAAGUUCGAUUCCUGUACAUACAUUGUGUGAUCUUCAAAUUGUUGUUUGGUGUCUUAGUAUGGCGUGUAUGUGACAUUGAUAUUACAUAAAAUUGUAGUGUAGGUCGAAAACUCUUCAGAGCUUCAAAAGUCUGGUAUGUAUUUAUGUAUAUAAUAUAAAUAACUUAAAAAAAUUACAAAUGUAGCAAUUUUCUGUACUGAGUGAGCCCAUGCGAAGCCGGGAUGUGUGUUAAGUAAAGUAAAAACAAUAAAUGUCAAACAUUUUUGAGUUUAAAAAUACUACUGUUCCAUUAUGUAACGUUAUAGAAGUUAUUUUUGUAAUACUUGUAAUGUUUUGUUUGUUAAAACAAAAGUUAGUACUGUAAUAAAAUUAUGAUACAUCAA